AGGUGGACUCUCAGCCACUGCGCCACCAGGGAAGCCCUCUCGUCCUUUUUGCCUUGUGAUAUGGUAUACAAGACUCUGGGAGAGAGAGGAAUGCCAUUUUCCUGUGUAUGUGCGUUAUGAGUAUUAUCUCCAAGCUGUAGUUUCUUUCUUUUCUUUUUUUUUUUUUUAAUUUGGCCACGCCGAGCGGCUUGCGGGAUCUUAGUUCCUUGAUCAGGGAUUGAACCUGCGCCCCGGCAGUGAAAGCACCGCGUCCUAACCACUGGACUGCCAGGGAACGCCCUCCAGGCUGUAGUUUCUUGACUGGGAUCUCUUUAAGCCUCUAUUCCGUUUUAUGAGGAUUAGUUUAGGUGAAAGUAGAUAAUAUAAUCUGUAAAUCUACUUAUGAUUCAGUUGUAAAUGGUGAUCCAUCAAAAUAUUCUGAGAGCAGUGGGAUGACUGAGUUCAUUUGUCCUUCUUCCUUCUCCCUCCUCAGGAUGCCUGAGUUUCAUAAAUGGCAUGUAACUUGGUAUGACAGGUGAGAUGGGGGUGUUUGUUUUGAUUAAUAUUUAACAUGAAUUCAUAUUUUUAACAUUAAAUUUCUUUUUCUAGAGUCAAUGAAAAUGGAAGGCCUGAUGUUUCCUUCCCAGGCGCCUUUGUGCUAGAUCAAAUGUCCCCUGGACUUUGGGACCCCAGGUGCAAACUGGUCUUGAAUAUAGUUGCUGAUUGUCAGACCUGCCACAGUCAAGUUUGGGUAAUACAGUGUUCACCCGGAGCUCGUUCUGGCAGUGGAAUCUUACAAGGUUCACCUAUUAUAAUCACCGUUUUACAAGGCGAGGUGGGGAGACUGAGGUCACACAGAGAGGAACUGAUGACAUGAGAGUUAAACCAUGGCUGUCUGACUGUUGCUGUGAAGGUCUAGUAGGGGCUCUCAGUUGGGGGCUCCCCUCUGGCCCCCACAUUUGGAAAUGUGUCUCACCGUGCUUGUUUGUCCCAAGGAUUGAGGACAUCAAUUUAGUGGGCAGGGCCAAGGGAUGCUAGACAUCUCGCACAGGGUGGGAUCUUUGUGCCCAUCAGAUAGAUAGUCAUCCUAACCAAGGGCCAAUGAUACUCCUCCUGGAGAAAUACCUCAAGACCCUACACGCUUCAGCGACAUCUGGUGUAGUACCUGGCCACAUUCGAUGACUUGGGAGGGUGCCUGGCUCAUUGUAGGGGCUUAAUAAUUGAUUGAAUACGAGUCACAAACGCAAGAGAUUUGCUCUCCUCGUUUGCCAAGGGAAGGUAGUAAUAUUAUCUCUCUUCCGCGGUGGUGGUGAGGAUUAAAUGAGAAAUGAGAUGUGAAAAUACAUUGAAAAUGGACGCAAAACCAGUGUAUGCACGUUGUUAAAAUAAAUGCACUGUGUUUCCUCAUUCUAAGAUUUUAAUCUUUGUGUUGACAACAACGCUGUUGUGUUUCAUUCUGCUGGAAUCCUGAGCAAAUGUUUUAAUGUUUAUCCGUUUCGUAGGUGUGACCUACCCUGUGAGGUUUACCAAAAGGGUCCUCCGUCUAGGCUCCUAUGAUAUCAUCUUUCUGGAAGCCCUGACCCUCCGUCUGCUGUGCUGUCGCACCUCCCAUGCCAAGGCCAAAGCUUAGCUGUGCCUCUGUGUAGUGUUUUGCAAAAGCUGAGUUUAUCUGGUGAAAAAUCAGCUUGCAGUUCCAUGCUGAAUGCAAAGGCCAUAGCUUCCCCCCCACCCCCAAUCAUGCACAUAAAUUACCCCUCAGGUUCCCGUUAGCUUUAAGAAGUGGCACUUGAAAAAAUACAACACAGGGCACCCGUCAGUGCCAUUUCUGCAGCGGAACUCAGAGGAGGAUGAAAGUCGUUUCCGAAGACUAGCUAUUGAGGAAUGGCAGCCCUUACAGGAGCCGUGGUUGGGUGCAUCGCACAGGCCAGGACCGACUGGCCUUGGUCUCCACAUUUGAGCCUGUGGUAUGCGGACUAGGACUUUCUGAGUUCUUCUUGCACAGGGGCCAGUCACCGCCCCCCCCCGCUUAACUGCAGGCCUGGUGGGGCUUCCUCUGCUGGCUGGCACUCGUAGCAGGGGCAGAGGCCCAUUUCUGCCUGUCAUCACCAGAGCAGUCAUGCGGAGGAGCCCCUUCGGUGUGGACAUCUGCUGCCGGAAGGGGUCCCGAAGCCCCCUGCAGGAACUCUACAACCCGACCCAGAGAUCCUUGGAGAGAGUUUCCCCACCUUGGCUGGAGCUCUCCAACACGGCCGUCCUGCACCAGAUGCGGCGGGACCAGGUCAUAGACACGUGCCGCGCCAACAGCAUCGUGAGCCGCAAGCGGCGGGUGCUGACCCCCAACGACCUGAAGCACCUGGUGGUGGAUGAGGACCACGAGCUCAUCUACUGCUACGUGCCCAAGGUGGCGUGCACCAACUGGAAACGGCUCAUGAUGGUCCUGACCGGGCGGGGCAAGUACAGCGACCCCAUGGAGAUCCCGGCCAACGAGGCACACGUCUCGGCCAACCUGAAGACCCUGAACCAGUACAGCAUCCCCGAGAUCAACCACCGCUUGAAAAGCUACAUGAAGUUCCUGUUCGUGCGGGAGCCCUUCGAGAGGCUGGUGUCCGCCUACCGGAACAAGUUCACGCAGAAGUACAACACCUCCUUCCACAAGCGCUACGGCACCAAGAUCAUCAGGCGGCAGCGCAAGAACGCCACGCAGGAGGCCCUGCGCAAGGGCGACGACGUCAAGUUCGAGGAGUUCGUGGCCUAUCUCAUAGACCCGCACACGCAGCGCGAGGAGCCCUUCAACGAACACUGGCAGACCGUCUACUCCCUCUGCCACCCGUGCCACAUCCACUAUGACCUCGUGGGCAAGUAUGAGACGCUGGAGGAGGAUUCCAAUUACGUCCUGCAGCUGGCGGGCGUGGGCAGCUACCUGAAGUUCCCCACCUACGCCAAGUCCACGAGAACUACUGAUGAAAUGACCACAGAGUUCUUCCAGAACAUCAGCUCAGAGCACCAGACGCAGCUGUACGAAGUCUACAAACUCGAUUUUUUAAUGUUCAAUUACUCAGUGCCAAGCUACCUGAAAUUGGAGUGAAGGGUGGAGGUGGGGAGAGGGGCGAGAAUCGUGCUUUUUAAUUUAAGAUUUUUAUUUGUCAAAAGAAUUCUAUGGAUAUUGGGUUAUUUUGUAAAUUAAUAUUUCUUUGGGGAUGAUGCUGCGAGCAGCAUAGUGAGAAUUAUUUAAAAUCCUUAGUAGGGAAGGACGGCUGUCUUUGCAGGGCACUAGGAUGGGUGUCCUUGUUUUUUAGACAUGAAUCCCCCAACACUUUCAGAGGUUUCUUUGUGUUCGGGUGAAUUCCAUGAAUUGUGCAUCCCAUAAAUUCUAAUUAAUGUUAUUUAUAGUUAUUUAAACAUGGUCUCUGUAUAAAUUUCUUUUUGUGGCAGCAAGAUUCUAACGUCUUUGCAGAAGAAAUCUAUGUUUCGUUCUGUGCUUGCAGCAGCUCGUGCAGGGGCAUGAAUGUUCUCCUUAUUAACCGCUCAGAGAGUCACUGUGAUAACAACCAUUGUGCUGUCUGUUGAUACCACCGUUCCUGAAAUUCUGCUAGAAAUAAAUAGAAAGAGGCACCUUUGCAAGGGACUGAUUCCAAACUGAUUUCAGUCGACCCAAACGUUCCUCACACGAAAGAAAAGUGAUUUUUUUUUUUUAACCCAAGGAGAGAGCUGAUUGUAGCUUUUUUUUUUUUUCCCACCAGACUUAGCAAUCCGGUAGAAUAGGCUUUUCUACAGAAUUUUUUAACUGGCAGUGCCAGUUGUGAUGAAGGUGAAGUGGCUGUUGCUUUACAUUCAACAAGUAUUUAUUAAGCAACUACUAUGAGCUAGGCCUAAUUCUAGACCCUGCGGAUAGAGCAUUAAACAAAACCAAUAGUCUUGGCCCUCAAGAAGCUUUACGUGGACGCAGAGUAUCCAGCUUGACAGUUAGCAAACCCCUGAUAUUCAUGGACUUAACAUGAGGUUUGGACUAUUCACAAACCACCCCAGAAGGUUCAGGAUCCCUACAAAUUUGCAUUUUUCUAUGGCCCAAAUUUGAAAACCAUGUGCUUGGAACAGGCCACUUAACUUGGUGAGUAAUCCAAGCUCAUUGCCCAACAUAAGAGGUGACAAAAAUGUUUCCUGUCAUGUGCCCACUCCAAUUUAUUGGUAGUAUCUAUCUGCCUUUAAGCCCCAGAACAGAUUUGCCAGGCACGGCAUGGAAGAGUGCUGUGAUUGAUUAGUGACGUCUGCCUUGGGUGAAGGAAAGGGAAUAUUCGCCGACCGUCUCCUCCUGUCAUUUCCAGCCCAGCUUUAAGGUCUCCACCUAGAAGUGUUUUUUCUACUCUUCGCCAUGUAAAAGAUUAAAAUUUUGUGGCAGGACUCAGACAUUGGAGGAUUUGCAAUGGCCUGGCAUUUCUACUCCUUGUGAAGGUCAGAGGCGGACUAUUUGUACACUUAAUGCAUAUCCGCUCCUCCAAAGGCCAAGAAACCAUCGGCACCUUUGCAACCACCAGCAGUGAGCAGCAAGGAUAGCCUUCUGUGAUGGUAACCCAUGCCCUUUUCCUCUGGAAGGCUGGAAACAUUCCAUUCCCUGUUCCUUGCUAAUUAAUGGUCUGCACAUGCUUCUCAUUUCCAAUGCCUCUGCUGAAGUUUGAGCCACAUCCCUCUUACAGCUAGUGAAUGAGUUGGUGGCAGAUACUGUAUAUAAUAAUAGUUCUAAUAAUAGGGGGAGGGGUGGGAUGGGGUGUGGGUAAGUUUUGCUUUUUGUUUUUGAUGCAGUGUAUAGAACAGAGGGGAGAAGAAUAUUCUAAACGAACAAAAAAUAAUUUAUUCACAGAAGCUAUUAAAAUUGUAUUGUAAAGCUCACAGCCAGCUCAGUGAGCAGCAGCUGCCAUGUCUCACGGAGGAAAUUAUUUUAUUGAAUGUGAGUUAAGUGUGCACUGGAGAGGGUGGCCGAAGCUAUUUAUAAGAUGUUGUGUACCUUCUUCUAAGCUCUCUCUCCUUUGCGAAGGGCACGUCAACUGUACCCUUGACAAAUAGAGAUUUAUGCAAUGUGUUUUACCAAGUAGAGUGACAGACUUCAGCUGUCCUUGGAAUUAUUCCUGGACCCUGUUUCCAGGCAGGGGACACUGUCCUCAGAAACAAAGCUUCUGCUAGUGAAAGAGGUUUCUGGCAUUUCCUGUUCUCCCCAGACACAAGUUGGUGUGAUGCAAAAUAAGGGUUCCGUAGUUAAAUAUCCUUGGGAAACAAAGCGAAGUCCAUUUUCUUUCUGCAGGACUUUUCAGAGCCUUGAAUGUGUGCUGUGCAUUGUGAACUCCCAAGAGCAUCACUGAUGGAGUCGGUGGCAUUUCCUGACCUUCUUUGAGCGGGAUACUCUAUUUUGCAGAUCAUCUCAGAGAGCUAGCGUUCCACUGAAUAUUCUUUGGCUAGGUUGCUUUAGCACAUCUGAGGUCUUCAAGGAUAAAAAACUGCUUCCCUGACACCCCGCUUCCAAAAACAAAACAAAACAACAAUAAAACAGCACCACAGUCUCCACCUGCUUUAUAGCAAUGAAGGUACUUUAUCAAAUGAAUUCAACUUUUGCUUAAGUGCAAUGGUUCUAAUCCUGGAUAUUACAUGGGCCACGAUUCCCUCCCUCCCAAAGGGAGUGCCGGAAGAGUCUUGGGUGGUGCUGACAGAAGGAGGGAUGGGGGAGGGGCACAAAGCCUCAGUUGGUCCCCCUAGUGCUCAAGCCUAAGGUUGCUCAGUGCAAGCCAAGAGAGCUCAACCCUUGCUGAAUGCUCCUUCGAUUCUAUAGUUUGGAAUUGUUCGGUGUUCUUUUAGUACUUUAAGUGGAAAUUCACGUGGAUUUCCCGCGUUUUGCAUUUCCACAUCUCCGUCUUUGAUCAGCUGUGAUGCCUUCAUUCGUCUUCUCGCUCUAGUGGGAAAGGGUGUCCUUCAGGGGACGAUACUGCGGUAUGGUUCGGCAAUGAGGGGCUCUUUCUCCUCGUUUUUUGUGUUCAUAUUUUAUUUUCUAAUGGCAUAAAAACUUUUUAAAAAAAUAUCAAUUCAACUGUUUUUGCAGAAUGUAGAAAGUACUCUGUGUCCUUGGUUAAAAAGAAUCCAUGGGUGAAAAUGUGCCUGGGAAACAAAAGUUCUUGGUUCUUUCGUUCCUUUUCCUUUUUUUUAAAGAAGACUGUUUGAAAACGCUUUCUAUUGCAUGCUUAGCUGGAGAAAAGUACAGGCAGGUGUCCCAUCUUCGAGCCACUUUUCAGAGGUGCUGCUGUGUUUUCAAAACCAGGUACAAAGUUGUAUUUACAAGGACAUUCCUGCUUAACCUGUCCCUUUGGUUGGAAAACUGUAGAAUAUUAGCCACAGGGUUUGAAUUCCUGCAGCUGCUUCAGACCCUUCCCCUUCCCUGCCUCCCCAGCUGGUCUGGGAAGAAGGGCAGUCUGCUGACCUGUUGGUGUCUCAGAGGGGACCUUCCUUCCCACCUGUCCACCAGGUGAGUUUCACGGUCCUGCCUGUUCAGCUGUAUGGCACAGGACAGCAGCGGGCAGUGGAAACUUCGGUCGGACCAGUGUCCUGGUGGCAAAGGCGUGGAAGCACCAGGGUCUGAUCCCUACUGGUAGAAAAUUCCCAGAACAAAAGCGAGUCCCUAACAUCCUUAGCUGGUGGGGUCUGGACCACUGCUGAGGUAGUGAUUGCAGAAGUCCCUGUUCUAACCUGGCCAGAAGCCGAGGGACUCUGACCCUGAUGGGUGGGGCUCAGAGCCCAUUUCUCACAGCCUGACCAUCCCCUACAGAGACACGCAAUCUGAGCUGCCCCAUUCUGUGCGAUCCUGGGGACCAGAAUCUCUUGCCCACUCAUGUCAGCAGGACUGACCUAAUUACUCCCCCAAAGUUCCCACAACCAGUAUUUCCUCCAGCCUUUUCCAUCACAACCAACUGGACCCUAUGAACAGGCAGCAGGAUCUACAACCAGCUUGACCUUCGGCCGUUAACGGGCGAAUUUCAGUCUGUUACCCUUUGUCAGGUACAGAAGGGGCUGCCCGUACUAUUUUCUUAGGAGCGUGCUCAGUAUGGCAUAUGGACAUAUAAUUUAACAUCUUUGUGGAGUGUGAUUUUCUUUUUUUACAUAUUUGUGUGCAGUAGAGGGCCUGUUGUAGAAAACUCUCCCUGUAUCUUACUGUACUGUUCAAGAAAGCUGAAUUCCACAUUGCCAACAAAAGCGUGAAAAUGUUCAUGAACCUUCUUCCAGGAAAAGCCAUUCAAGCCUGAUUAUUUUUCUAAGUAACUUCAAUUAAAUUGAA